AUGGAUUCAGUCGAAGAUUUAUUUGGAUCAAGUGUUCCAAGUGAUAUGUCACCAAUAAGAACACUGCUUCAUAUAAUUUGUGUUAUACAAAGUCUACAUGUAGUAUUCUCUGAAAAUGAAAAUAUAUGUGCGCAUAAGGAAACGGAAAUGACCAUAACACGAAGUAUUGAAGUUUCUCUGGGAGGUAAUAUCGGAAGUGUAGACUGCACAGGCAGGGUUACGGUUAAGCAAUGUGAAGGCACAUGUCUGUCCAAAGCAAAACCAAGUGGGAACAGCGAAACGGGAAUGGAACGGACAUGUCAGUGUUGCAGGGAAACAGGACUUACGAGUAAAACUGUUAUUUUAGACGAAUGUUAUGAUGGCACAGAAUUAAUUGCAGACUUUAAACCAACGACUUCAGUAACAGAACCUUCUGGUUGUUCCUGUUUACAAUGUAGAAACUAAUGUAAAAUUAUCCCCUUUAAAUAAA